AUGCAACAUGCAAGAAUUUUCAAUAAUAACCGAUUGAAAAAGGAAAGAUCAAGUUUGAAUCCUCAGAAGACUCAUGAAUUGAAUAAAAAAUCCCUAAGAGAAAAUUCCAUGAGUUCUAGUCAAGCCAGCUUAAUUGUGGGCUCAUCAUCAAUAAGAUCAAGGUCUUCAAGUUUAAUGUCAAGAACUUUAAAUACUAAACAUAGUGACAAUACUUUAAUUGUUGGAAGACAUCUUGAUAAAAAUCAUGAUUUUGAUCGUAUGAGUUACCUCAAAGACAGUAAACGGAACGUAUCACAGAACGAUUCUUUCGAUAAUAGUGUUUUUAUGAAUGAAAAUCCUAGAAAUACUUCUGGUUAUAGAGAUCCUUUGGUACCAAUUCAAUUGACUAUCUGGUUUCAUGAAUUGAGAAGUUCUUCUGAAGACUUUAUGAUAGAUUUAAACCUUCUACCCAAUUUCAAAAUCGGUGAUAUCGUGGAAUUGGAAACAAUUGAUAAUUUCAAAGUGGUUAAAAAGAGAAUAAUACCCAACAAGAUGUAUUUCAUUAUCAAGGAACAAAAUGUCCUCAAUAGCUUAACUCCUAUAUCAUCACAACUAUCAACACCAUCAACACCCAAUUUGAAUGCUGUAAAUCACGUUGCAACCCCCACAUCUCAAGAUGGUCAAAUGUCCUUUAAUGAUACUAAUGAGGAAGAUGAUACAAAUCAAAAUAAUCUGACCCCUUCAAAUAAAGCACUGAAGAACACUGUUCAAUUUUCAUUGAUUAAUAAUCCAUUACAGAAGACAUUGGAUUUAUUACCCCGUAGUUUAGUGCAAAUAAGGAAAAUUAAUGACAUUCAAUCAGUGGAAGCUGAUACGAUAGAAAUUUCGAUUAAGAAUAUUAAUCUUUCAAGAGAUACGAUGUGGAUAAUUACCAGUAGUUUAAUUAAUAGUUGUGUCUACCAUGGCAAAAGAGUUACUUUUCUUAGUAAUCGUAUAGGUAUUAUCAAGAAUAUUUAUAAAAAUGGGAAGAAGCAGUUUUCUGGGUAUAUUGGGAAUAAUACCAAGAUAGUUUAUAGAUCAGAAAGCUCAAGGUUGAUAUUCUUGAUUCAAACAUCAAGGGAAAUGUGGCAUUUCGAAGAAUCAGGAGAGAUUAUGUUUCAUAAGUUAGUGAACAAUUUGUUCCCCAAAAUCUUUCGGAAAUGGAGAGAGAAAGAUGCUAAUCAUUCAAUCACAAUUGUUUUGUUCACUUCAGUGGAUGUAACAGAUAUACCAUGGGUAGCCUUAGGUCAUGGGGAGAGACCUAAUCAUGUACGAGAGUAUUUCAGAGUGGUAGUAGACCAAGUAAGUAUUUUCCAUUGGACAAAGAUUAUGGAAACUUUAAGACUUGAAUUCGCUAAUUUCAAAAGAGACGUUAUCUUGAAUAAAGUCAAUAAUGAAAACAUCAAUGAUCAUAGAACAUUUUCUGUGGAAGGGGUUUCUUUACCUUCAGUUAAAGGGAAUAUUUUGGAAUCCAUCAAUAUUGGAUUGAGUUUGAUCAAAGAUAGAUUUACUGAUACAGAUUUGAAGCAUAGUUUGAACCAUUUGAUUGUCAUUACUCCAGGAACAGGUUUAUUUGAUGUUGAUUAUAACUUGAUGUUAGAAACCAGUAAGAAAAUGUCCAGCAGUGAUUGUGCUCUCGAUCUUAUAUGUUUAAGUCAACCUCCAUUACAUAUAGUUCCCUUAUUCCGAUUCAAAGAUUUGACUAAGAAUGGGAAGUUGACUUAUUGUGUACCUAAUUGGUGUGAUAUUUCAUUUUAUAAAGAUCCAACCAUCAAUAAGGAACAAUGGAUCCCUCGAUGUAAGAUUUACGAACUUCAAAUGAUGGGGGUCAUGGAGAAAGAAGUUCAUGGGAUUGAAAUUGAGAGGUUUAAGUUAUUCAAAGAUGAGAAAUCAUUUGUGGAUUCUAUGGAUAAUUAUGAUAAUGAACUUUUCAAAGAGGCUAAAAAGUUUUCUGAAUCAGAAAAAAACUUAUCAUUUUCUUCAUCAAAAUCAAAUUCAGUAGUGAAUUCAAUAAAUUCUUUCACUUCAGAUAAAGCUAAAACAAAGAUUUCAACCCCUCAAGCAGUACACGAUUCAAUACUUUUAAUGAAUCGUCCCCAUGAUUUGAAAGCCAAAACUUCCGCCAAGUUUAAUAUUUCAACAACAAAUUCAAGUGCUUUAGGUGUAGUUACAACAUUAAAACCUGAAAGUUCAGCAUUAUCUACAUUAUAUCAAUUGAAAGGAACUGAUGGUCUACCAAUAGCUUCACCAGGAUUAAGGCCAACUUCAGGAGGUAAUUCAUUGAAAAGUAUAAGAAGUAAUACCGAUUUGAGAACUUUGAAGAGUAAUUCUUCUAUAAAUCAUCUUCAAUUUUCAUCUCCCGGUCCUAAGAUCAUCAAGAAUGAAGAUAUUUUCAAACCAAAAGAUCCCAGUAAGAUGAGAGAUACCAAUUCCACCAGCUUAUCCAACAGAUCUAUGAGAGAAAGAUCGGAAACUACCAUCAAACGUCCAAAUCAAUUAUCCACAACUAACCUUGAAGAAACAAAGGAAGAAGAAGAAAAUCAACCAUUGAACUAUUUCUGGACAGAAAUUUCAAAUCCUUCAAAAGAGCUGCACCUGGAUUCUUUGAAUUUUAUCAAACUUGGGAAAUGGAACCAAGUUUUCCCUCCACACAUCAAAAGAAAUAUAGUUAAAUGGAGGUCUUUCCAAUCCCCUGCAGCUUUACCAGUGUAUCAACCGAAUUUCCCUCGAAUGAAAGAUUUAGAUACAAAUUAUCAUACACAGGUUUACACGUUAUUAUUAAACUAUGAGAAUAAUCUUGAACUUGAAACCAUUGAUGAUUUAAUGAGAGAAAUGAUCCAAUUGAGAUUACUCUUGGGAUUCCAAAUCUGUGACAGUGAUACUGUUAACAAAUUGGAAACAGAAAAGAAUCCUACUAAUCCUCAAGGAAGAUUGGUGAAACAUUUCCAAACCAAUUUCAAUGGUUCCAAGAUUUACAUGAUGUUAGAUAAUGAAAUCCAUAGAAUUGCUUGUGAUGAUUCAAGUAUCGGUGUUCAAUUGUAUAAGAAAAUUGAAUCUGAAAGUCUUAAACCAGUAUUCAAAAAUCAAGAAUUCGACUUCAAGAACCACCAACCUUUGAUUAGAACAAGGUACGCCGACGAAUAUAGUAAAAGUGCCAUUAAUUUCAUCGGCCAAACAUCACCAAGAUACAAUUGGAAUCAGUUUGAUCAAUUGUUAGCAGGAUAUGAUGACGCUUUACCCGAAGAAACUAAAUCAUUUUUCAAAAUGAAAUUUGUUAUUAUGCCAACAGACAUCCCAAAGAAUGCUUAUUUCAUUACAAAUGAAAGUUUAACAGAUGAAGAAAUCCGUGUUGAAGGAUUGAGAAAACUCAUAGCAAUGAUUGAACGGGGGAAAUAUACCAAAGAAUCAGAAAAAUCUAAAGAUCGUGAUAAGAAGAAGGAGGCUACAGUUCCAGAAAUUAACUUCUAUACUGGUAAUCUAUACGAAUUUUUAAGCGAACAAGCAGAGUUUUUCGAUUCUACUGGUAAUCAACCCCAAAAUUCUUUGAUGAUUACAGACAAAUUCAACAAAUCCAUUAAAUUGAUUAAUUUAGCUCAUGAAUUACAAAGUCCUAAUGGUGUGAGAAUUGUUGAUAGAACUUGGCAUUUCACCACUCAUGAAAAUUGUUUCAUUGGUAAUGAAUUUGUUACUUGGUUGAUUGAGAACUUCGAAGAUAUAGAUACUAGAGAUGAGGCAUUGAAAUUUGGUCAAUCCUUAAUGGAAAGAGGAUUAUUCAAACAUGUAGAGAAUCGUCAUGGAUUCUUAGAUGGGUAUUAUUUCUAUGAAUUAGAACAAGAUUAUAUUGAUAAGACUUACAGACCUGCUAUUGAAAAGACUAGUUGGUUUGGUAGAAAGAAAGAUCGUGACAUUACUCCUACGUCUAAAACCAACUCAGAUGUUGAAUCUUUCAAAUCUCCAGUUUUGUCACCUCAAGAUAAUAUCAAUUCAGGUCCAGACUUGAGAAGAAUUGCCAGUAUUGGUAAUCAAUUGAGUAAUAAUAGUAACUUCCCUACAUUGACUAAUUCUAUGCAUUCAAGUAAUGUCAACGGAAAUGGAUCAGAAACAUCUUCCAUGGCAGAUUCGGCAGGUUCGAAAUCUAAGAUCAAGAGAAAAUUCGUCUUGAGUAGAUCGGUCAAAUAUAAUGCCGAUCCUUUGAAAAAAUCAUAUCGUCCAGAAAUACUUACUGUUCAUUAUGAUAGAGUACACAAUCCUGAACAUUGUUACCACAUAAGAUUACAAUGGUUGAACACUUCCACCAAUUUCAUCGACGAAACUAUAAGUAACUGGUCCAGAUUAUGUGAAAGACAUGGAUUGAAGUUCGUCGAAACCCCAUGGAAAGAAUUAUGUACCAUACCACAAUACAAUCCGUUCCAUUCAUUUGUGGAUUUAAGACUUGCAUUAAAUCCUUUCCAAGAUCCAGAAUUUAAUGAUGCUAAGAUUUUAGGUAAUAAUAAAUUUUAUUACCAUUUAUACCUUUUGAAGAAAUAUGACUUCCUUUUAGAUAAUCGAUCUGCCGUAUAUUUUCUGAAGGAGAAUAUUGAAAUUUCAUAUAGUUGGGGGAAACCAUCAUUUAAAUAUGCCCAAUUCAUCCAUAGAACUGGUGCUUACAUAAUUGAGGUCAGGGAUAAUGGAGAUUUCGUAUUAGCUCCAAAUAACAUGCACAUUUCCAGGAUAAAUAAUCCAAUUUCCAAUGUUGAUCCUGAAGUGAAGAAUAUUUAUACCACGGAUUCCCAAAGAAUCAUGUUGAAAUUAAGGAAAACUUGUAAUGACAAACAUAUGUUGGCUAGAAUUUUUAAAGAGGCUAAAGAUUGUUGGAGAGAUGAUUAUCUGAAGGAUAUCUUACCAACAGAUAUUUGA